GCUCACUCGUCGUGAGCGUCGCCGCCAGUGGCAGACAGAUCGGUUUUUCUUCGGGAAAUAUCUCUCAGGUGAUUCAUACCUCAAGCAUUUAUUACUCCCCAAUCUCUAUUUUAUCCUUUCUCCUGUCUCUCUCUCCGUCGGCGGAUCCCUUGAGUGCGCCAUUUGAAGUUGAUGUUCAGAUUCGCUGUUCUACCAGGCGUCCAUAAUCGAUAUCGAGGUUCUGAACCUCUGUGGAUAUCUCAAGUACAGCAGCAGUUGCAAGCAUAGACUCGUAUAUAGGUUCUUAUUACUUGAGGAGAUGAAUUUCCACUAUGGAUUUAGAUGAUCACUGUUCUGGUUAGAAAUUAUCUCAGUUCCGCCUUCAUGUGCAAAUCUUAAAUUUUCAGAUGGCCUCGUAACUAGAAACUGAAAAAUAGGGCCAUCUUGUGAAGAAGAAGAACAGGCAAAAUGAUCAACAAACCACUUGUUUUGACUUAUCUGUACCUCUUAAUCUACAUUUUGCUUUCAUCUGGCGUUAUAUUGUACAACAAGUCUUCCAGGUCAUUUUCUUCAGCAAAUUUUCCUUGUAAAAGUUGUGGCCAAGGCUUUGUCUUCUGUAACUCUGAAGGGAUGUCUAGUUCAAACUUCAAAACUUGGUCUUUGCAAGCCCAAUACAUGUGUAGCCCUUACAUUAUGUUUAUCUCAGCUCAUGGACUUCUCAGUGUAUCCCAGGGUUAGCUCCUUGUGAAACUGAAUGUGAGGCUUGGAGUUGUGGGUUCUAUCUCCAAAGUACUUCAAUUUUCCAUUUCCUAUAACACUUACCAUGAUUCAUAUGGGAUUCUCCGGCGCGAUAGCAUUCUUUCUUGUUCGUAUUUUCAAGGUUGUCUCUCCUGUCAAAAUGACAUUUGAAAUAUAUGCAACAUGUGUGAUUCCAAUAAGUGCCUUCUUUGCAUCAAGUCUUUGGUUUGGUAACACUGCUUACUUGCACAUAUCUGUUGCCUUCAUCCAGAUGCUCAAAGCUCUAAUGCCAGUGGCAACAUUUCUCAUGGCUGUUGUGUGUGGCACUGACAAACUAAGGUGGGACGUGUUCUUGAACAUGGUGCUGGUCAGUGUUGGAGUAGUCGUUUCCUCAUAUGGGGAAAUUCAUUUUAAUAUAGUAGGUACAGUUUACCAGGUUACAGGCAUCUUUGCAGAAGCUCUUAGGCUGGUCUUAACUCAAGUCCUCCUGCAAAAGAAGGGCUUGACUCUAAAUCCAAUCACCAGCUUAUAUUACAUAGCUCCAUGCAGCUUUUUAUUUCUGUUCGUCCCUUGGUUUUUGCUGGAGAAGCCUGCGAUGGAAGUUUCACAGAUUCAAUUCAAUUUCUGGAUCUUUUUCUCUAAUGCUCUUUGCGCUUUAGCCUUGAACUUCUCAAUUUUUUUAGUGAUCGGAAGAACUGGAGCUGUUACUAUCCGUGUUGCUGGUGUCUUGAAAGACUGGAUAUUGAUAGCCCUCUCAACUGUUAUAUUUCCAGAGUCCGCAAUUACUGGGCUAAAUAUUAUUGGCUAUGCAAUUGCACUGUGUGGUGUUGUCAUGUAUAACUACUUGAAGGUUAAGGAUGUUCGUGCUUCUCAACUUCCUACAGAUAGUAUUCCAGAAAGAAUAUCAAAGGACUGGAAGUUCGAAAAGAAGUCAUCUGAUAUAUACGUGCCCAAUAGCAGCAAUGGUAACAGUGGAGGUGGCGGCGGAGGGAAUGGUUCGGGCCCUGAUUUGAGUGUCGAUGAGGAAGCACCUCUAAUGCCAACCUCAAGGCUGUCUCACAUUGGACGUACGCAGCUCAGCAGCCAUUGAGCCUUAUUCUUGAAAGCCCGCAAAUGGGUCUACUUAAAAGAACAUUGAUGCAGAGAACUAGAGAACUGAAGAAAACCUGUCCAUUUGUUGGCCUACCAUCCAUUACUGAGGACAAUCAUUCUUUUUAGCCCAGUAGUUGGUAAUGAUUCAAGUUAGAAAGGUAAUUCAUUGCUAAGGCCUUCUUUUUUGUUGAUCUGGGCAUGCUUAUUCUAUGCCUUUGGAAUUUUGUGGAACCCACGGUUGCAAGAACAAGCUGACCCAAAUAUUGUGGAGGGGGGGGGGGGGGGGGGGGUGGCCGCUAGGGAGUUUCUUUAGCACUUCAGUGUCUAUUCAUAAGGAGGCCUGCGGUAUAUAAUGAAGUCUUAGAUGUCAAAACUGUUUGUUCUUUUUAUAAAAAAAAAAUAGCUUGUGAAUUGGAUUCAUUUGAAAUUCUAUUAGAAAAAAAUUUACUCA